AUGCUUCUCAUGGCUCACAGCAGCGGUAGCAUUCCAUGCUUCAGUUUUGCCGCCGCCGCCGCUGCCACUAUCUCCGGAAUUGCUGCAGCAGAAGAAGAGCAAGCCAGGCUGAGGGGGGUGGCAGCGGAGGAGGAGAGGAGGAAGAGGAGGAUGGCGUCGAACAGGGAGUCGGCGCGGCGGUCGCGGAUGAGGAAGCAGAGUCAGCUGGCGGAGCUGUGGUCGCUGGCGGCGCGUCUCCGGUCGGCCAACCGCCGGCUGCUGGAGGAGUUGAACGGGGUGAUGAGGGAGCGUGACGAGGUCCUGGUGGAGAACGGCCGGCUGGGGAAACGCAAAACGGAGCUGGAAAAGAAGCUGGAGAAGCUGCAAGCUCCGGCCGGUGGUGGUUGUGUUCCAGGGAAUUAA